GCCCCCUUUAGCGCCCCGUACCAAGACCCAAGGAAGACACCGGAUCUCAUGAUAAGACCAAACAAUCAGCACCAUCCAUCAUUCGUAAUUGAGACUGGCUGGACCAAGUCACAGCCGCGCAUGCUCAACGACACGAUCCUGUCGUUAGUGGAAGGCCGACCGGAUGUGAACAUAGCGAUACUCCUCAAUUGGUCGCAAAAGGUAAACACGAGCUAAGUGGAAGGUUUCGCUGGGGUAUGUCAGGGAUACUAUGGGGAGUCUGUACUAACGUACAUGAUCUUCAUUCUUGUAACAAUCAUGACUGAUAAGCUGUAGACAAUCUUUUCAGGCACACCGGAGUCUCCGAUUCAGAUCACCUGGGGUGGAU